CACCUUUUCAAUGACCCACAAAGAUCGCUUAACGGCAGUACAUAGUAUGUGAAUGCACUCAAGGUACAGUCGAAAGCUUUCUUCGAAGCGUGUCUCGGUGCGUACAGCAUGACUACUUUCACUAAGCUCGACGACGGCGACCAGCCCGGUAUCUUCGUUUACCCCUCUCAUAAGCUCAGCAAGAUCAACGACAAUGUCUAUAGUGGAUUCACGGAACACAUGGGUCGUUGCAUCUACGGAGGACUCUACGACCCUUCAAAUCCGAACAUGCAUCUAAUUGAUGAUAAUGGCUUUAGAAUCGAUGUCAUUGAGGCGUUCAAGGAGCUCAGCGUCCCUGUUGUAAGGUAUCCGGGAGGCAACUUCGUUGCUACAUAUCAUUGGCUUGACGGUGUUGGGCCUCGAGACCAGAGACCGAAACGAGCAGAGCUGGCAUGGCUUGGCGUUGAGACGAACGAAGUCGGCACAGACGAAUUUAUGAAGUGGUGCGAGGUUGUAGGCACCGAGCCGUAUUUGGCACUAAACUUCGGAACUGGCACCCUCGACGAAGCACUCGGCUGGCUCGAGUACUGCAACUCCGAGCAAGAUACACACUACGCAAACCUGCGCCGCAAGCAUGGCCGUGAGAAACCAUACAAUGUCAAGUAUUGGGCACUCGGCAACGAGUGCUGGGGACCUUGGCAAGUAGAGCAGAUGACGAAAGAGGACUAUGCGAAGAAAGCGUAUCAGUGGGCCAAAGCCCUCAAGAUGCAGGAUCCGUCAAUCACACUCAUCUUGUGCGGAGAGAAUGGUGUCUCGCACUGGGACUUUCACGUCCUCACGCAGUGCUUGAAGCCGGAUGUGCAUGCUUUAGGCGGCAGUGCCACAAAAUCCUUGAUUGACAUGCACAGUAUCCACAUGUACACCGCGGCCAAAGAUCCCAUAACCAAUGCGCUCGCACCUCGGCUGGCGGAGAGAUCCAUCGAAAUUUGCGCGGGUCUCAUUGAUUUAGCGAGGCAGGUCAACCAGGUACCGGCCACGGUGCCUGCUCCGACGAUAUGCUUCGAUGAAUGGAAUGUGUGGGAUCCUGCUCGCGCCCCUGGAGAGACUGGUGCCGAGGAGCAGUAUACACUCUCGGAUGCCCUCGCAGUGGCUGUUUGGCUCAACGUGUUCGUACGGCAGAGCAAGUACAUUGGCAUGGCCAACAUCGCUCAGAGCGUCAAUGUAAUUUCUCCGUUAAUGACGCAUGCAAACGGCCUCGUGAAGCAGACAACAUGGUGGCCACUUCUACUGUUCAGCAAGUACAUGCGUGGCUCAACUGUCGCUGCUCACGUCAGUUGCCCGACAGCGUCUGGCUCAGAGCACGCCUGGCUGGACGCAUCUGCCGCAAUGGGCGACGACGGUUGGGUCAGUCUGGUGGUUGUAAACGUACACCCUAGCGAGACGUUUGAUAUCACCGUUCAAGGAGUGCAGACUUCGGCAGCCGAGGUCGAGAAGUACGUUAUUACAGGCGAGAGCUGGCAAGCUACCAAUACCGAGACCGACCAAGCGGUUAAGAUCCACGAGAAUAAGUGGGGUGGCAAGGGGCCUUGUUCAUUUGCCAAGAUGAGCAUGACGAUGCUGCGAUGGAAGCCUUCAGGUGGCGCGUAAUAAUACCGAGACGGUGAACUGCGCUACUGGGCUGAGACGUCCUCCAUGAAAUGGUACACUAUCCGGCCGUAUAGCAGACUUGACUCAGCACCCUUCCCUCUUCCUAAGGGGCCAAUCUCUUAUCUGUACCUGCAGCAGUGCCACUUCUAGUCACGUUCGCCAGUCGGGUUAGGAUGUCAUAAUACUCUCGCGUGACACCCCAGCAAGCUACCUUCGACCUCAAUAACUUCGACCCUUCCAGAAGUACUUUGUGUGGAGCCUUGCGAAUGUCUCCAACAUUACUGAUAUAACCAGCCAUCUUGUCACCGUUACGG